GGUAAAAAGGCGUCACUCUCGGACACGAAUGGAGGAGGUGCUAGUGUUUGGUGGCGGCAGCAGUAGCAUCAGCAGCCAUAUUCCCGUACGUCGUUUAUGCUGCAGCUACCUUGUUCAGAAUCACGGGCCUUCUCCUUAUCUGCUCAGCAAGAACCCACUUAGAUUCUUCAAAGGGUCCCUUCUCCCUGCAUCUGCAUCGACAAGAGCAUCGUGCUCUUCUCUGUUCAGGAGCAGGAGACGCACAGAGAAGCUGCUGGGUGGACCAUUAUUCAAACCUAAAAUGACUAUUCAGGAAGGGGCUGUGACCACAGAAGCUAAAUCUGGGAACAUGAUUUACGAGUCAAUUUUGGAGGAAGGAAUUUUCAGGUUCGAUUGUUCUUCAAACGAUAGGGCUGCUGUAUUUCCCAGUCUUUCCUUCACAAACACGAAGGAGAGGGACACACCAAUCACGACCCACAAGGCCCCUUCUUUUAUCCCAGCUUUUGUGUGUCUCUUGGGGCAGCAAAUUGUCAAACUUGAGCUACCUGCUGGAACAAGCUUCUAUGGGACAGGAGAAGUUAGUGGUCAGCUCGAGCGUACGGGGAAAAGAGUAUUUACGUGGAAUACAGAUGCCUGGGGUUAUGGUCCCGGAACCACAUCAUUGUACCAGUCCCAUCCCUGGGUGCUUGCUGUUCUCCCAACUGGGGAGUCACUGGGAGUUCUUGCUGACACGACCCGACGUUGUGAGAUUGAUCUCAGAAAUGAAUCAGGGAUACAGAUCACUGGCCCAUCCCCAUUUCCAGUAAUCACAUUUGGACCAUUCACAUCACCUGUUGAAGUUAUGAGAUCCUUAUCUCGUGCCAUUGGAACUGUAUUUAUGCCUCCAAAGUGGUCCUUGGGUUACCACCAAUGCCGCUGGAGCUACGCUUCUGAUGAAAGAGUUCUCGAGGUUGCAAGAAUAUUUAGAGAAAAGGACAUACCUUGUGACGUGAUAUGGAUGGAUAUAGACUACAUGGACAGUUUCCGUUGCUUCACUUUUGACAAGGAGCGCUUCGCAGAUCCAAAGUCGUUAGUGAAGAGUCUCCAUCAGAUUGGUUUUAAAGCCAUUUGGAUGCUCGACCCGGGUAUAAAGCGUGAAGAAGGGUACUUUGUCUAUGACAGUGGAUCUAAAAAUGAUGUCUGGAUUCUCAAAGAAGAUGGAAACCCGUUCAUUGGAGAGGUGUGGCCAGGGCCUUGUGUUUUCCCUGACUAUACACAGUCAAAAACUCGUUACUGGUGGGCUCAUCUCGUGAAAGAUUUCGUUUCCAAUGGAGUUGAUGGUAUAUGGAAUGAUAUGAAUGAACCGGCUGUUUUUAAGUCCGUAACCAAGACAAUGCCCGAGAGCAAUAUCCAUAGGGGAGAUAUUGAACUGGGUGGUCUCCAGAAUCACUCGCACUACCACAAUGCAUAUGGAACUCUGAUGGCAAGAUCAACAUAUGAAGGCAUGAAAUUAGCGAAUGAGAACAAGCGACCAUUCGUUCUCACGCGAGCUGGAUUUAUUGGGAGUCAGAGGUAUGCUGCCACUUGGACAGGAGAUAACCUUUCCAAUUGGGAGCACCUCCACAUGAGCAUCUCUAUGGUACUCCAAUUGGGGCUCAGUGGUCAACCACUUGCAGGACCUGAUAUCGGUGGGUUUGCAGGGAACGCCACUCCGAAGUUAUUUGGGAGGUGGAUGGGAGUUGGUGCAAUGUUCCCAUUUGCCCGUGGGCAUUCUGAAACUGACACUAUUGAUCAUGAGCCUUGGUCUUUUGGGGAAGAGUGUGAGGAAGUUUGUCGCCUGGCAUUGAAGCGUCGGUAUCGCCUUCUUCCCCACAUUUACACUCUUUUUUAUAUUGCUCAUACAACGGGGACUCCAAUUGCAAGCCCUACUUUCUUUGCUGAUCCAAAAGAUCCAAAACUAAGGACACUAGAAAAUUCAUUUCUCUUGGGCCCGCUCCUGAUUAAUGCAAGCUCGUCACCCGAUCAGGGUUCAGACAACUUGCAACCCAUACUGCCCAAGGGCAUAUGGCAGAAAUUUGACUUUGAAGAUUCACAUCCGGAUUUGCCCACUUUGUAUCUGCAAGGUGGAUCGAUCAUCCCCUUGGCCCCUGUACAUCAGCAUACUGGUGAAGCAAAUCCCAAUGAUGACUUAACCCUCCUUGUGGCUUUGGAUGAAGAGGGGAAAGCGAAAGGUGUUCUCUUUGAAGAUGAUGGAGAUGGGUAUGAAUUUACUAAGGGUAGAUACCUCUAUACUCACUAUGCUGCCAAAUGUGAAUCUUCGCUGGUUAGUGUAAGUGUGUCUAAAGAAGAAGGCUCGUGGAAGAGGCCAAAACGACGUUUGCAUGCGAAAUUGUUGCUUGGUGGAGGUGCAAUGGUUGAUGCAUGGGGAAUGGAUGGUGACGUUGUUCAAAUUACUGUGCCUUCAAAAGAUGAAGUUAUGGAACUGGUGUCUGAAAGUGAGAAGAAAUAUAAAGCUCGAUUAGAGAGUUGCAAGCACAUCCCUGAUGUGGAGGAUGUUUCGAGUCAUAAGGGCUUCGAACUUUCAAAGACUCCAGUUGAACUGAAAAGCGGUGAAUGGGCUCUAAAAGUAGUGCCUUGGAUCGGAGGGAGGAUCUUGUCCAUGGAGCACCUCCCUUCUGGAUCUCAGUGGCUGCAUAGCAGAAUUGAUAUCAAUGGAUACGAAGAAUAUAGUGGUAGAGAGUAUAGGUCUGCUGGGUGCACUGAGGAGUAUGCAGUUAUCGAGAGAGACCUUGAGCAUGCUGGUGAGGAGGAAUCCCUCAUUUUAGAAGGAGAUAUCGGUGGUGGGUUGGCCAUUCAGCGGCAGAUAUCAAUCCCAAAGGACAAUCCUAAGGUCUUUCGAAUUGACUCUAGUAUUAUAGCCCGCAAAGUCGGUGCUGGGUCAGGUGGCUUUUCAAGGCUGGUCUGUCUAAGAGCACACCCGAUGUUCACCCUCUUGCACCCAACAGAAUCAUUCAUCUCUUUCACCACGGUCAAUGGCUCAAAGCAUGAAAUUUGGCCCGACUCUGGGGAGCAGACCUUUGAAGGAGAUCUCAUGCCAAAUGGAAAAUGGACGCUCUGUGACAAAUGUCUUGGCAUAGGAUUAGUUAGCCGGUUCAGCACGAAUGAGGUAUUCAAGUGCAUGAUUCACUGGGGUACGGGGACAGUUAACUUAGAGCUGUGGUCCGAAGAGAGACCUGUCUCGAAGGAGUCGCCUCUUAGGAUCUCCCAUGAGUACGAGGUAAUAAGCAUCCCAUGAUUUAAUCUGCUGAUUUUCAAGUAGAUGAAAGCAUAAAAGGGAUAAAAUAAGCUACUAAAACAUGGCUUCUCAAGUGGCAUCAUCCACAGCUCCGUAGUUUGUUGCAAAUGUACUUGUAAUACUAUGAAUAUGUACUAAGAAUAAUGCCCUAAUAAGAGCUUCUCUCCGAGAUUUCCGUUGUGAAUUUUCUUA